UGUUUUUUUUUUCGUACAACUUGUGGCGCGUGUAACCAAUCACAUCUUUCUAUUUUCCUAGAUAUUUCAAAACGUGGUACACGUUACGCGCGUUUAUUGGCCACACGAUUACCCUCAAGCUUCGCUUCAUAUAGGGAAGACCCUUGAUAAAAUUGGAAAAUUCUCUUCCAUCACUGUUUAUGUUGCACGCAUUCCGUUCGGUAAACGUCUUCGAUUGAUUUCAGUUACUUCAGAUCACACGAGUCCGACGAGUUGAUUUGUUUCUGUAAAGCACAAUGAACGGAAAGGAGAGAGUAUCGGAAUUAAAUCUUGUAUUGAGAAAAGCCAAGUUUAGAUCUACACCGGCUUCCUUUGUGAAUUUCUUUUUUGGAUUGAAGCGUCCCCCUUUCAACGUUUUACGUCUUGGGAUAAAAUGUGCCAAGGAUAUGGAUAUCAAUAUAGAGGUGUUUACGGGUUUAUUAGAUGGAAUGAUAAUUGAUCUACAAAUCUUGAAACCGCUCGCUGAAGAAGCAUACACUAUAAAUAAACUUAUCGAACGGUAUCGAACAAAAGAAAUAUCUGCAAAUCCUGAAACACUUGAAAAACGUGAAACAUUCUUUACAGAAUCAUCCAGAUUAACUCUAUGGAUGAUGAGCUGCUAUACUUUGCAUCUAAAAAAUGACUUUAGAAUUAUAAGAUCUUGUUGUAAAAGCAACAGUAAGGCAAUCAACAUUCCAACUAGAGGAAUGAUACAAUUUUUGCUUAUAAAAAUAUCAGGCUUAAUUAUGUCAUGGAUGAUAAUACAAUGCCAUGGAACUUGUAUCAAAGAGCAAGAAAUAGAGUCAGUUCCUUCUACACUUGCUCCUCUUGUUGAUGAAAUUUAUAGUGUUGUUGGAAAGUAUCUGGUUCAGGCAGAGAUAAUGAUAAAAAAACUUUGUUUGUGGUACAAAUCGCUAUAUCACUAUUCUUGUAAGAUUCCUUGUGCGGAUGAUCAUUUAUAUUUUGAUUGGAAUAAUUACUUUGAAGAGAAUAGAAAACGGGAUAUAGUUAUGUCACCAUCCCUAGUUUCGCCAUUUAGGGCGCAAUGCGGACCGUUUAAAAUACUCCAAUUAAUGAAACUUCCACAUACAUACAUUAGACGUGAUAAAAUCUACAAUUAUAAUUUUAAAAUAAAAAAGGAUCAUCCUUUCAAACUGAUGCAUAUAUUUGGUAAUGUCAAAGAGAGUGCCGACGAUUCUGAUGAUGAAAGUGACACAAAUCUACUGCAAUAUCCACUUGAAAAACUUGAAAAGAUACUUGCAGAACAAUUCCCUCCGUCUGAAACAGAACAAGACAGUUGUUCUUCUUCUUCUUCUUCUUAGAAGAGAUGAUCAUUAAAUUCAAGUUAUUUAUUUAUUUUUCAAGUUAUUUAUUUACAAAGAAAUUUCUAACGAUGAUCUGAUGCAGAAAGACAGACUGAUAAAAAAGCUGAAAACUAAUUUUGAAUGUAACUAAUAUCAAUUUUAAUGUAAUAUUUUGUGACAAAUAAAGAUAACCUUUCUUAAAUGA